UCGAAGUAUUGGAAAAUAAGGUGUAGGUGUCUGACAGUAAGUCCAGACACUCUAUAUAAUCAUAUGAAGUUGACUAAACUGAAGUCAUUGUGUUCUGUUGUACUUGAGAAAAGUGUGUCGAAAAGUUAAAAUCUACAUUCAACAUAUAGGAAUAUGAAUUUAAAAAUGGAGAGAACACAAAAUUAAAAUUUUAACGUUAAAGAGCAUCAAAGCGACAAAGGUAACAACAAAAAGGUUUUACUGUCUUACAGCAUCGUUGCUUAAAAAAGGUAUAAACUAAAUGGAGUUAACAACACUAGGAUGUUUACUUACUAUCACACAUUGUGCACUCACUCUAGCCUUGCCACUUGACUAUCGUCGGAUAGAAAAUAUACCGAUCGGCAAGUUCGCAGAUAUUAUAGAAAAUAUUAGAAACAUAGAAUCAAAACAGGCGUCCAAACCAUCAGACAUAUCGCACCGGAAAAUUGAGGAUGAAAGUACAUAUUUUGGUCUGUUUUUGCCACUUGACGAUUCAAUAAAUCAGAAGUCAUCGUUGCCUGACCUAGAACGUGUAGAAAAAAGACAAGGAGACUGGGAUCUUGACUAUGGACUCGGAGGCGGCAGAUGGGGAAAGAGGUCAUAUGUUUUAGGAUCCAGUAAUAUGAGAGUCGUUCGUGAUGUGGAUCAUGUGGACCCAAUGAAUCCAGAGGAUUAAACUACAUGUUGGCAAUUUUAGAAAAAAAUAUAUUCAACAUUACAUUGAAGGAUUUUACAAGUUACUAUAAUUCUUGAACGUUUAUUGGAAUUUACAGAAUAUGCAAUAUUUAGAUGAACAAUUUUAUCUGUAAAUGUAUAUUUUUGACAUAUAGCUAAAUAUUUUCUUAGCAGAUAUUUGUGCUUUUUAUUCCAGAGAUUGAUAGCAGCAGUAUUUUCAUGUCAAAGACUUCUAUUCUAUACUGCAUAAAAUUGGAUAUUUUU